CCAUAACGGGUGGAGGUACGGCUUAUGUAACCAUCCAAUCACAUCAAAGUGGGGGGAACAUUAUUUAACAAAGUCGUCCACUUCUUGCAUCGAAUUCGUACUUUUGCUGUCCUGCAUGCGCCCCUUGUCCAGUAUCCCUACGCCAGACACCAACACCCCGACACACUUGUAAACCCCUAUUGCCAAUCGAUUUCGCAUCAAGAGACACAAAUCCCACCAUGCCCUACCAACCAAACCACAUCUUUAAGGGUGUCGUCACCAAAGUCGGAGUCAUGAGGAAGACUGCUACCGUCACUGUCGAACGGACGUUUGAACAUCCUAAAAUCCUGAAAGAGGUCAAAAGACAUAAGAAGUAUCUGACCCACGACGAAGGAGAAGUGUCCAGACUAGGAGACAAAGUUACCAUCAUCCACGGCGCCCGUACAUCCAAAAAUAAAUCUUUCCGUCUUCACUCCAUCCUCUCACGCGACACCCACAAAUUCCCCAACGACCCUAUACCCUCUGUAAUCCCCCCGCCAGCGCUGAGUGGGAGACAAAUUAGGAAGGCGGCAGCAGCUGAGGGUGGGUCUGGGAAGGUGGUGGAGGCUCUGAAGGAGGCUGGACUGUAGAUAGGGACGGGCAUUUAUGGAUUUACCAUAUCUCAUUGU